AUGUACCGAUCUGACGGCCACCGAUUGACGCUUUCAGGUCUGAGGGAAACGCGCCAAGUUGCAGGGUUGACGGCGUUUCUCUACGCAGCGACCGCGCACAAGAGACAACCGGUCUCCGGGCGUCGCAGCUUGCAUGCGAGCUCUUCUCAAUCCAGCAGUCUCUCUCGCUCUGAUCGAGAGCCUGGUACAUCCAGCCGGGCGCGCCAAUCGCCCGGCCUCGACGAUAGCGGUGCCAACCGAGAGCAUAAAGAAGAAGCGAGCGAAGGCGCUUCACCUGCAUCUCCGGUCGCGUCACCGGCGGCUGCAGCCGCUUCGCCUUCGCGGUAUUCGCCCCGGCUCGCCGCAGAGACGGGGAAUGUCUCGCGCGGCAAAGUAGGCUUCCAGGAGACGGGACGCGAGAUAGAAACUGAAGAGCGAACCCCCAGCUCUUCAGGUGAACGCCCCGGCGCCUCUUCGAAUCGCGAAUUCCCGUCUUCUCUUCCUCCCUCUUCGGAGCCUGCGCGUCUGACCCACGCAGCGGAAGUCCCUCAGGAGAGACACUGCGAGGGUUCCCUCGCGAGUGUCUACCUCGACGACGCCACCGCGGAAGUUGUGGUGGCUGUUCUCGAGGAACUCAGGGCCUUUCCGCGACUGCAGAGACUCGACCUGUAUCUCUGGGGCCUCGACUGGACGCCGGAGAUGAUCGCGCUUCUCGGCGACGUUUUCGACGCGAGCGCCUCCACACUGGAGUCUGUCUCCCUGAGGUGUCGUGUCCCCGCCCCGGUGCUGACGGCGAUGCUCGAAAGGCUUCCUGGGAAUGUGCGCUACCUCGAUGUGUCUGAGAACAUGUUGGGGGGAGACUUGACGGCGGUUCCCGUGCUGGAGCGGAUCCUUCGCCGCAACGGCAUCGAGUCACUCAAAGUUAAUCAAGUGGGCUGGUCGCGCGAGGCCAAGGAAACCUUCGCGAAGGCGAUUGAAGGCCUGGGCGUCUUCAACUGUCUCCAGUGGAUCGAAGGGAUCGAUCUUUCGGAGUGCCUUGCCAUUCCCCCGCAAGUCUUCAUGCAAGCUUCUGUGCCCGCGCCUCCGUGCAGCAGCGUCGCCGCGACGACGACGCCUCUGGCUCACCUGUAUGGACACCGCCCAGGGGCGUCUGGGGUUGCGGGCGCACGCCGGACAGCUGCAGAGGUUCUCGCGAAAAGUUUGCCUGCGACGACUGUGAACUACACGCUGCUGCGAUACCUUCGGAUCCGCACGUUUCUGCCCAUGCUCGUGGGCUCGAGGGUCCGCGUCUGGUGGAAGCCGACGCGAGAGACGCAGCGAACCGACUUCAGCGGCAGGUACUGGCCUGCGCGCGUCGUGCACGGCUGCCCAGACACCCUCGUAUGCAAGCUGGUGUACGACAACAACGAACAGGACUUUAUCUCCUUGCGUUUUCUUCAGCCCCACCACCCCUUCAGAUAUGGCGGAGGGUGGGGUUCCGUGGUCACUCCUUCUCCAUUGCCUUCCUCGUCUCGUCUCUCUGCCAGCAGCGGCGAGCCGCCCUCGGGGCCUCGCCUCGUCUCUGUUGCGACUCCAGACCCGCGACAGGCGCGCCUGGACCGCGUGGAGCGCGAGGCGCGCAGCGCUCGCGCCCGGAGUGUCUCGGCGUCACCGAGUGAAGGCCUUGGACUCGCUUCGGCGGGCGACAGUCUUUUCGUCGCUCCUCAAGAUGCCACGCAUGCUCCGCAGACUGCAGCCUUUGGGGGUUCGGGCGCCUCACCUGUGGUGUCUCCUCGGCGCGGGCAGCGACAACGGACACGAGGAGACAGGGCGGGAGGAGCGGGGAGCGACGGAGAGGAGACAGACGAGGGCGGCGACUUCAGCGAGGCCGAGACAGGGACUGCCGUGCGUGGCAAGAGAUCGCGUGAGGCUCGCAGGCCCCGAGGGAGGCGACGCGGAAGGGCGGCCACGGGAAAGUCAUCUUCUCGAUUUCGGCAGGAUCCGCGAGAAGCGGAAGAGCGGGAGGAGACAGGAGACGUGAGUGGCCGGGAGAACGACAGGAGGCAGAUAGCGGAGACACGAAGACUGGGGCCGUGCGGACGAGGUGCGACCCCCCUGAGGAAUGGAGUUGUAGGGGCUGGGCCGGAGACUGGGGGUUCUGAAGCGCUGGAAGGAGAAGAGGCGAAGAUGAGGAAGCGCUGUCGAAACAGUGACGGCAGAUUUCUGAAAGAAGAAAAACGCGACGAACCUCGAGACGCAGGACCACGGACCGCUGCAUCCCGACGGUCCCGGAAAUCGUCGCGACGCGGAUCCUCCUCCUCGUUUGAGGCAAGCGAAUCCACUUCGAGGCUCCGUCCCCCGUCGUCCUUCCCUCGCUCGGCGGGGCCGGAGACUCAGUCUCCUUUCGCGGCCGGUCGGAGAGUGUCUCCUCGCCUUCAGCUGUUGUCGGCGAGCGGAAAGGGCGAGCGGGAGACAGAGGCGACUGCGGGGCGCCGUGGUGCGCGCGGGCGCGGAGGCGCGUCCCUGGCGAGGCUUCGCAGCGGCUCGAGAGAGACCGAGCUGGUGCAGACUCCGCGAAGGCCUGCUCGCCGAGCGCGGAGCGAGAGUGAGCGAGGAGCCCCGGGGAGACGCCGUUCAACUGGGGAAGAGACGGGACCGGGCCUUCAGAUCGAGGGAGAGGCGAAGGACAAAAAAGCGCAAGCGGGCGAGCCGUCGGGAGGCGCAGGGCGCCGUAGGAGGAGAGGCGCGAGAGCGAACGGUGAGGCGGAAGGCAGGACCGGAGUGGAAGACGAGGGAGGCGAGUCUAUCCGACCAAGCGGGGCGGGGAGUGGCGACGCUGGCACUCCGCAUCCGUGGCAAGACGCAGGCAGGCCUGCAGGCGAGGGCGGGAGUGUCCGCGUGGGGCGGAUUCGGGCCGCGAAGCGAAGAAUGAGAAAGGAAGCUUCGCCGGCAGUCCCUCCGUCGUCGCGCGGAACCCGCGGAAGUCGACGGAGUGACGCGCCGAGUUGCGGCGCCGAGGAGAAACCAGAGAAGAGUCAGGAGGAGAAUGGCGAGCAGCUGGAUGCAGCGGGAGCGUCGGACGAGACGGCUGUUCGGCGAGAAAGGGGCGACGUUGCCUCCUGUGCUGCUCCAAGAGCGCCGAACGAGCAAAGAAGAAACAACGAAGGAGCGACGCCUGAACGGCCACGCGACAUUUGCUGCGGUCCGUUUCCUCUCUCGCGUGACGAGAUUCGAACUGCCGCAACCUUCUAUCCGUACCUGUUCGAACAGCGUUUGCACACGUAUUUGCUGGCGCCGCCAAAAGAAACAGAUGGGGUCGAAACGCGAGAGUCGCGCGACGCGAGAGAGGAGUCCGCGUCUCUCGAGGGCUCCGCCGACCCGCGUGCGAGAGCGACCGGCCGGGAACCUCCAGCGUCGACCGCUCCUCGGACCGGACGGAAGACUCAGACGCAGCCGGGAGCGGACGAAACGGAAGAAGGGAGGAGAGCAAUGGGGGGACACGACAGCGAGCGUGAAGCGCGAAGUCGCGGCGCUCUUGAGUGCGGCGGCAUUUUGAAGAGCGAAGAAGGCGGGGUGCGCGUCGGCGAGAUGCCUUUGGAAGUCGUCGGCAACGUUCUUCUCCCUGGCGAGCUGUGCGAGUUCCGAGAUGAAGAAGAACACCGAGGGAGUGAUCCGUCCGAUUUCGUCGGCAUGGUGGUCUCCGUGAAUUCCGAGGAGCCUCUCUACGUCGUUCGAUGCGUGUAUCAUGACGACGACACCCUUCUCCAAAUCAACAGCUCGGAUAUUCGCCGAGCCGUCAUCGUUCCCCUCGAUGCCUGGAUUGCGUGGCGCUUCGCGUACGAACGUUAUAUCCAGCGGGAGAAGGCAAAGAAAUCUCCUUCUUCUGAGGAAGUCGACGGCCAGCGGUCCCUGCGACCUCUCGUGAAGACCGAACGGAGGCGAAGACGAGGAGAAUCGAGUUCCGGUUUGAACGGCGACGCAGGAAACACGGCGAGGCGGCGAGCACGCGAAGGGUUUGCCGGAGGCGCCUUGGGCGCAGGGGAGAAAGAGCCAAAGCGCGACGAAGGCACAGCUUUCGCGUCUUUCCGCGACGUGCCUCCAUUUGCGACGUUUUACAUGCUGCCUUUGGCGACGACGGCGAGGCUGAAUCAGAUGACGGCCUCGGGGCCUCCGGCUGUGACCCAGCGCAACCCCGUCGAUCUCAAACUCCUUCCUGCAGAAGACUUCGCUGAGGAGUUCGCAGUGCGGCAGGCCGCGUUUGCGCGGCAGCGGCUAGGACAGGGGCGCGAAGUCGCCGACCUUUCGCUGUUGACGGGAACCCGAGGCGAGCCGCCGGAGGCGCCGCAGCGCCGCUGGGCCCCGAGUGCUGGGCGAGACGCCGCCGAGACACGCGGUUCUGAGCACGACGCCGAGGGUGAAGGCGGGGGACAGAUAGCGCCACUGUCGCAAGCAGAUGUGAAGGCGGGAGAGAGUGGCGGGGGACCAGGGAAGACGCGCGACGGGGGCGACGUGGUCGGGCAUGCUUGUCACGCCGAUGCAUCUCGCUGGUUCGCGAAGACCGACAUGUGUGUCGAUCCAAGUGCACUCGCUGUGUCGCGGCCCACGGGGGCUCGAGGGGGACAGGGGGAUUGGCCGUUUCUGAUGGGGACCCGAAGCAAAGCGCUCGCGCCUCUCCUGUCUCUUCUGUCGGUUGUCUCCUCGCACUUGGCGAGUCCGUUUUUGAAGCACGUAGUGCACCCUCGGAUUCAGCAGAUCGACCGGCGUUGCUGGCUUGCGCUUCUUCCCAAGUCCGAGCUGCUCCAGCGAGUUGUGGAUCUCAGCAAGGAGGUCGCAACUCUCAAGACGCAGGUUCAGCGCGACGUGGCGUUGUCGUCCGAGUGUCAGCGACUUCGCGUGGCUCUCGAGAAGCAGAAAGAGAGAGAGGGCGAGCUGGAGGGCCUUCUGAAAUGCAUCAUCUGUGUGUCGCGCACGCGCAGCGUCGCUCUCGCGCCGUGCCUCCACUUCUACUUUUGUCAGCCGUGCAGCCAAGGCUUGGCCCAGUGCCCCAUUUGCCGGGGGAAGAUUCUCUCACGAGUCGAGGUCAAACGCGAGCAGGGCGGAGACGAGGAAAGCGACCAAGAGUCUGGGUGA